AGAUGUCCUGCUUACCUCCGGGCUUCUCCACUUCACCUACACAAUACUGCUCCACUUCAGCGACUCGCACCUUUGCAAUGGGUGACGGGGAAAAUACAGUUGUCGGUUCAAAGCCAGCGCCGCCAGGCGUGACACCCAACUUUGAACACCCCCAAGAUGUUUUCUACACGAUCAAUCUGAUUGUUCAAAUCGCUUGCAUAGCACUAACGACGCCAUGUGUUCUCCUGAGAUUAUACAUCAGGGCUAAGGUUGUCAAGAUAUUUGGGAUCGAGGACUGGUGCUGCGCGAUAGCUUGGGUAUUUGCGACCUAUUUCUUCGCGUCGGGAAUCGUACUGGGCGAAGAGGGGGGCGGCUAUCACGAUUGGGAGCUUACAAAACCAGCAUUCAGAAAAUUCAAGAAGACAUUGUAUUUCGACAUAAUGCUUCAUUCGCCCACAACAUUCUUCGUGAAGGCAACAUUACUCCUCAUAUUCAUACGGGUAUUUUCCCCCAUGUCCAAGGCUGUGAGGGCAAUAUACGGCUUCAUGAUCAUUCUACUACUGUACUACACCGCCCAAACUGCCGCGAAAAUCUGGGUGUGCUCGCCUAUCGGAGCUUUCUGGAACCCCGCGAUUCGAAAAUCUUGCAUAAACACCCGCAUAGUAUUUCGUAUAGACAAUGCCGUCAGCGUCAUCACCGACCUCGUCAUUCUCAUUCUACCCAUUCCACUGUUGUGGUCCGUCCAGAUGACACGUAAGAAAAAAAUCGGAAUCGGAAUGCUGUUAGGAGCCGGCGGUCUCGCAACGAUCUGUAGUGCCGCGAGGAUGAUCCUAACACUUGUACGAGAUAUUCCUGAUGCGACGUUGGGGGCUACUAAUUUCAAGAUGUUGGCUGUCUCUGAGCUUGCAAUCGCACUCGCCUGCGCCUGCGUUCCAUCUUUCCACGUUCUCUACUCCAGACUCAGCGAGAAGUCCAAGGCGAAGCGAAGUGGCUACACGUCCAGCGUCAAGAUGAGCACAUUCGGCUCCUCUAGCAAAGGGUCCAGAGGAAUCAAAGCCAAACCAGGCGUGGUAUACAUGGAGGGAAGGAUCGACCGCCCAUCAUCACUGGAGCAUAUCUUACACAAUACAGCAAAUCCAGGGCAGGGAUAUGGGUAUAGGGUGCAAGUAUUUUCAGACAUGGGAGCGGAGUCUUCGAAUGCAGACGCGAUGGCUCCUCCUGAGACUUGCAAGCAGUGUGAGCAUGAUCAGAGGACGAUACGGAUUACGAAGACGACGGAAAUGGUUUAGCAUUCUCGGAUGUAAUGCUAUGCGUAAUAGAUAAUAUAGCACAGAACGGUAAUCACACAUGAUGGCCCCGAU